UCCUCAUUCUCUGGCGCCUCGCUCUCAGAAGCUCCGGAUCCCGACGCACGCGAGGCGCUGUCCUUUCAGCACCACAAGCCCGGGGCUGCAGGAGGGAGGACUCCUGCUCGUCCUCUGCUUCAAAUUGGCUUGAAUCUUCUCCGACCCUCUAGAGUGCAGCGCAGUCUGGGAAGAAAGGCAUAAGGAUGGUGAAGCUGAACAGUAACCCCAAUGAGAAGGGAGCUAAGCCACCUUCGGUUGAGGAUGGCUUCCAGACCGUUCCUCUCAUCACUCCCUUGGAGGUUAAUCACUUACAGCUGCCUGCUCCGGAGAAGGUGAUUGUGAAGACAAGAACAGAGUACCAGCCAGAACAGAAGAACAAAGGGAAGUUCCGGGUGCCAAAGAUCGCAGAGUUUACGGUCACCAUCCUUGUCAGUCUGGCCCUCGCUUUCCUUGCUUGCAUUGUGUUCCUGGUGGUGUACAAAGCCUUCACCUAUGAUCACAGCUGCCCAGAGGGAUUUGUCUAUAAGCACAAGCGCUGCAUCCCGGCCUCCCUGGAUGCUUACUACUCAUCCCAGGACCCCAACUCCAGAAGCCGCUUCUACACAGUCAUCAGCCACUACAGUGUGGCCAAGCAGAGCACUGCCCGGGCCAUCGGGCCGUGGCUGUCGGCAGCUGCUGUCAUCCAUGAGCCCAAGCCGCCCAAGACCCAGGGCCAUUAGAGGCCUACCCCAGCCAGACUGGGGGUGGUGGUAGUAGGGAGGGGGCCUCCCCCAUUGGCUAAGCCAAGCUUGAGUUACAAGACAACACUGUACUCCUGGGAUGUGGGGGUGGGGGCGGGGCAGGGGAGGGCGGGGGUGGCACUCUCCGAAAAUAUUGUGCACUGGAGUUGUCUGAAUCGAUAUUUCUUUUUGUCCUUUGGUAUUGUUGAUUCGUCCCUAAGUCAGGCUCAUGUACAAAGGCAUGUUUCGUGUUGAUUGUUCCCAUGUAAGAUAUUUUCAAAGCCACUGCUUAUUCUUUGUUAGGAAAAUUUAAAAGCAGAAAAGGAGAGACACAAAGAAAUAAAUAGAAAGCAUGAAACAGGCUUCACCUGGAAGACGUUGGAGAGCAGUAAAGAGCACAGACUGGGCUUCUGAAACAAGGAACUGUAGCUUCACUGUGGGCUUUGGAAUAUGUGAGUGGCAUUGACUGAGCCUCUGGCCUGCAGGAUAGGAGCCCUGGAGGUUAGCAAUGGUUGAGUCAGAAAGAAUUGACUUUGGCAUUUCUAAUCCCAGGAUGCACACAGCCCAGAAUAAAACGUACCGACCACUGGUGCACCGGCAGGAUGAGCACAGACUUUAGUUGGGUGUUCACGCUAGGGCUUGGGCAGACCCACAUGGCCUAGGCCAACCCCUAUGACCUGGGCUCUGAAUGCUCACCCUGUGGCAGUGUGUUUUGCCUAAGCAAGCACUGGGAUGUGGGCAGAUUUUCUUUGUUGCUUUUUUUUUCUAGAUCUAUCCCUGGAUAUUGCACUUGUUUAUGAGACAGCAAGGGUAGAGAGGGAGAAAAUGGGGGUGAGGCUUCAAGAAAAAAGAAGGCACAAGGCAGGGAUGUGAUCCUUGGCCAAACUAGAAGCACAGACACACAAUUUUAAAAUUUUUUAUCUGUUUGUGGUUUCCCAGAAUGCUAACUGCCAUAGCAACAAUUGGAUUGUAAUCAGGAACCUCAAGUGGUAGUCAGGAAGAGACUUUAAGAUUGAGGCUGCAAUAAUCCCAACUCAUUUCUGGAAGAAACCGGGAAAGGUGACUUUUGUUCACUGUACUGUAUUGACAGGGGAUAUUGGUCCACAUUCCCCAAUCAAGUUCUAGAAGCUUCUUACAAGGAGGCAACAUCUGGCAUUGACCAGGCCUCUUGCUCCAUGGAAGCAUAUAGGGCGGUCCUUGCCUUUCUCACAGUGUUUCAGGGAGGCCCAUUCUGUGUAGGUGUUGGCUCCAGGCCCAACAGGGCCAGAACUGGCUAGGAGAAUUGGCAAUUUGAAAUGUGUUACAGUUUCCCCAUGAGUCUCCAAUAGGCCAUUUAAAAGGGAUUUUUUGUGGCUUGCUAUGUUGCCGAAAUCAUUAUACUCAACAGCUGGAAAAUAAGACUAGUAUAGCUCAAACUAUCCUGCCAAACGCGCUCAUCUGAUUUUUCCUUUCUCCUUCCCCAUCCGCCCAUCACCUUGAGUCACCUGUAAUUCACUUGUCAUCUGAAGCGGAAUAACAAGCUGUCCCUAGCAAAACCGCUGAACGCUUUAUAAUUUUGUGGUGUAUUUUUGUCAGUAGGUAGCAGAGGCUGAAGUAUUUUUUGGUGUAAUUCUUGAAAUUUUCUGACAGAAAACAAAUAAAGAUAGAUGUGUCUGAGAAUCUUGA